GAUUACAUGUAUAGAUAACUAAUAUAUAUAUUGGUGAGUCAUUCAGAUUUGAUGAUCCAAUUAAUGGCCACCUAUUCAUUAUCAAAUUCAGUGACGACUAUAUGUUGUCUGAUCUUUUUGGCAUUCUUGGGAACCAUUUACCUUGCUCCUCAAGCAGAAGCGGCCCGAGCUUUCUUUGUUUUUGGUGAUUCACUGGUUGAUAAUGGCAACAACAACUAUCUGAUCACCAGUGCUCGUGCCGACUCUUACCCCUACGGCAUUGAUUCUCCGACACACCGCGCCUCCGGUCGAUUCUCCAAUGGCCUUAACAUUGCGGACAUCAUCAGUCAGAAAAUUGGGUCAGUGGAAUCGCCAUUGCCAUACUUGAGUCCGGAUCUAAAUGGAAGAAGGCUACUUAUUGGUGCCAACUUCGCUUCAGCCGGGGUUGGAAUUCUCAAUGACACCGGAGUUCAGUUUCUAAAUAUACUCCGAAUGCCUAUACAACUAGCGUACUUCCAAGAAUACCAGAGAAGAGUGCAGGCUCUCAUCGGACGUGACCAAACCAAAAGACUCAUAGAACAAUCCCUCGUCCUUAUCACUGUCGGCGGCAAUGAUUUCGUCAACAACUACUAUUUGGGCCCUUCCUCCGCUCGAUCUCGCCAACUUCCCCUCCCAAGAUAUGUCAAGUAUGUCAUCUCCGAGUACGAGAAACUUUUGAUGAACUUGUAUAAGCUGGGACCACGUAGGAUUCUGGUGACCGGUACCGGAGCAAUGGGAUGUGUCCCCGGAGAAUUGGCGACUAGAGCCACGAACGGUGGAUGCUCAGCUGAAGUUCAACGAGCCGCUGCCUUGUACAAUCCGCAACUCGAUCAAAUGUUGAAAGGACUCAACAAGAAACUUGGGAAAGACGUUUUCAUUUCUGCAAAUAAUGGACAAGUGCAUCUGGAUUUCAUCAACAACCCUCGAGCAUUUGGGUUUACUAAUUCCAAGGUAGCAUGUUGCGGGCAAGGACCAUACAAUGGAGUUGGUCUCUGCACAUUUCUGUCCAACUUGUGCCCUAACAGAGCUCUCUAUGCGUUUUGGGACGCCUUCCACCCAUCUGAGAAGGCUAAUAGAAUUAUUGUGCAGCUGAUGAAUAGCGGCUCAAUUCGCUACAUGAGCCCCAUGAACCUCAGCACAAUCAUGGCCCUGGACUCUACUACUUGAUCGAUGAUCAAAUCAAGAAAUUUUACUUCAAUUUCUCGAACAAAUUAUAUGCAUGUGUUAUGUGUAAUAAAUUCAAGUUGUAAUUUACUAUCUCGAGCUCCCAUGGAAUUAAUCUAGCUACUUGUGUAAUUUCAGUUGCCUGCAUUGCAAUAAAUGGUUUAAUACCCUAAUUAAUGAUCAA